AUGAAGUUUCUCCUUACCACUCUGAAAGUGGUGUAUGUUAUGAGUACACCUAUUCCAUUCUUACCAGAAUUUGUUGAAGAUGAACCUUUGGAGGCAACAAGAAGAAGAUCAAAAUGGGAAAAUGAUGAUUACAUAUGUCGUGGUCAUAUUCUCAAUGGUAUGUUUGACUCUCUUUUUUAUAUCUAUCAAAAUUUCGAAUCUGCAAAAGAACUGUGGGAUUCUCUUGAAUCCAAGUACAUGGCUAAAGAUGCUUAUAAUAAGAAGUUUCUUGUUAGUAACUUUAUAGGUUACAAGAUGAUUGACUCCAGGCUUGUUAUGGAACAAUUCCAUGAAAUGUUAAAGAUUUUGGGACAGUUUGCUCAGCACAAUCUAAAAAUGGAUGAAGCCAUUUAUGUGGUUGUGAUCAUUGACAAACUGUCCCCUUCCUGGAAUGAUUUUAAACACAAUCUGAAACAUAACAAAGAGGAAUUGACUUUAACUGAACUUGGAAGCCAUUUAAGGAUUGAAGAGUCCAUAAGGACUUAA